AUGCGACAUCCUGGACCUGGUAAUUCUUUCCGUCCUCGGCCUCAACAUCAGCCUCAGCCUCCUGCACAACUUCAAGCUAAUGCUAAUGCUAAUCCAACUGCUCCAGGGAAUUCACAGGGUCUCUUAGGUAAUCCUUCCCAAGGAAAUUCACCGUUUAUGAUGCAGAGUUCAGUGCCGAUGCAACCUCCAGUGGGUGGAAUCAACCCUCCAACUUUUAACAAUUCCUGUACUCAUCAAAGCAAUGGGCAGUUCAUGCCGAAUAUGCAUCCUAUGAUGAUGCAGCAACCCGGGUACUUCAAUGCUCCUCCUAUGAUGGCUCCUCCACAGCUCAAUCCAGGGUUCCCUCCGCAGAAUUAUCCUAGCAAUAUGGGCGGUGCUCCAAUGUAUGCGAAUCAAAUGAACCCAUUUCAACAAGUGCAGUUGGUUCAACAGCUUGCCACUUUGGUUCAACAUCUCAGUCAAAAUGUGGGUCUCAUGAACAUGCCGCCGCAUCAAAUGCAGAAUAUGAAUUCUAUGAUGCCUUUACAAGUUCCAAAUCUUCCUCAAGUUGGUCCUGGUAACAUCCCUCCAAAUUGUCACCCACCCCCAGUGCCCCAAAAUCCAAACAUGUUCCCAAAUCGAAUAUUUGGUGCCGUGCAGCAACCUAAUCCCAACCAGCAAAACUUUGUGAUGCAACCAAUGGGUGCAAAUAUGCCCAAUAGCUCAACUGCGACCACCGAGCAAGGGCCGGGACCGGGUAACCCCUCGGCGGCUGAGCAGGCUUUUCAGUCACAGUCUUCCUCCUUCCCUAGACAGCAGGGUAAUUUUGAUGGAAAUGCUCAGGGAAGCAAGACAAAUCCCCAGUGGAGAAACUCUCCUAGGAAAGACUUCAAGCAACAUUUCAACAAAGAGGGUUCACAGCCAAGAUAUAAUAAUUCCCAGAACCUUGCCAAUGAUAACAAGAAGAGGAAAUUUGAGUUGAAAGGGCAUGGUUAUGAGAGGGCUCCGAAAUUUGCUGGCACUAAUUCCCCAAGUCAAGUCGGAACAAAGAAAAGGACUCUUGUUGUGAACUAUCCAGAACAUGAAGUCAAACAGUGGUGCGAGCUACGUAAGAAGAAUUACCCAACGAAAAGCAAUAUAGACAAGAAGCAGGCUCUAAAGCUGGCAAACUCUGAGGCCAUUGAGAAAGAGGCCACACUGCGCCGAGAGCAACUGAAAGAAGUACUGGCAAAGCAAGCUGAGUUAGGAGUUGAAGUUGCAGAAGUUCCAUCACAUUACCUGUCGGACUCAAACAAGCAAGCUACUGGACAGGGAGAUGGUAGAUGGGAGAAAAAGAAAGGGAGGUUCCAAAACAAGCAUGAUAAGAGAAGGGAAAGACGCAACAAAAGAGGCCAAAAGAAUGGCAACCACGCAACAACAUCAACCCAUGAUGAUCAUUCGUCACCAUCAGGCGUUCCUGCUGCCAACAAGAAACAGCCUACACUUCUGGAGAAGCUUCUGAGUAGAGACAUAAAGAAGGACAACCAAAGAUUGCUCCAGGCCUUCCGGUUCAUGGCGAUGAACUCUUUCUUCAAGGAUUCGCCGGGGAAGCCUUUGAGUUUUCCCGAGGUAGCUGUUCAAGAAGAUGACAUAGGGACUACUGUUGUAGUCGAAGAAAAUGCCGCUUGUGAUGGGAAAUCUGAAGAAGUAAGCGACGAGCGAGGAGUUGAAAGUCUUACAGUGGAGAUCAAUGCUGGACAGGACCAUGGGCAUGAUCAUUACAACGGUAAGCAAGAGCAACAGCUGGAGAUGAAACCAACGACAGGUUUGACAAGGGAGAGAAGGAACCUUGCUGUAGAAAUUGUCAAAACCGAGGGUGAAGAAGGAGAGAUCAUCGACUGA